UUGACAUCAACUAAAUGUGAGGUUAUGUGUGAACUGUCAAUUGUUGAUAAGGCUUAUCAGGCAAAGAAGGAUUUUCAGCAGAGUGACCAGCCUUUGAAUCUGGUCGUCUUGGGCAGUGAUCGAGUGAAAAUGGUGGGUGGUGGUAAAUUUGGGCCCCUCGUGGGGGCAAUUGACGAGGGAACUUCCUCAGCAAGGGUGCUCCUGUUCAAAGUUGAGACAUCCGAGGUCGUUUGCUUUCACCAAGUUGAGAUCCGGCAGAUCUAUCCGCAGGAAGGAUGGGUCGAACAGGACCCCAUGGAAAUCCUCAAUGCCGUGCAUGAAUGCCUGGAGCGUACUGUUGAGAAGUUGCGCAAUCUUGGGGGCUAUCCGGAAGAUAUUGUGGCUCUCGGGGUGACAAAUCAGCGUGAGACGACGAUUGUGUGGAACCGCAAGGAUGGUCGGCCCCUGCACAAUGCCAUCGUGUGGCUGGACAUGCGGACAUCUGCCACGGUGGACGAAUUGCUGGACAAAGUACCCAAUAAGACGAGAAAUAAGAAUUACCUAAAGCCCCUCUGUGGACUCCCACUAUCCCCCUACUUCAGUGCCGUUAAGCUACGUUGGCUAAUUGAGAAUGUUUCACGUGUCCGCGAAGCUGUUCGUGCGGGGAAUUGUCUCUUUGGGACAGUGGACACCUGGCUUCUGUGGAAUUUAACUGGUGGUGUCAAUGGUGGGCAGCACAUCACCGAUGUGACCAAUGCCUCCCGCACAAUGCUCAUGAAUAUUGAAUCCUUGCGCUGGGACGCCAAACUCUGCAGCUUCUUUGAGAUUCCGCAGGAAGUUCUGCCGGAGAUUCGAUCAAGUAGCGAAGUUUACGGGAAAAUGGCGAGUGGUGUGCUCAAGGGGGUACCACUUUCGGGAUGUUUGGGUGAUCAACAGAGUGCCCUCGUGGGGCAGCAAUGCUUGGAGCGUGGUCAGGCAAAGGCAACGUACGGGACAGGUUGCUUCCUGCUGUACAACACUGGGACUGUCUUUGUGGAUUCAACACAUGGGCUCCUCACAACGGUUGCCUAUCAAAUUGGCCGAGAUGCUGCUCCGGUGUAUGCCCUCGAAGGUUCCGUGGCAAUUGCUGGAGCCGCCCUGGGAUGGCUCAAAGACAACAUGGGCAUGAUUGCAAGUGCCCGAGAGUCUGAGACUUUGGCAGGGAGUGUGGAGACAACAGGAGACAUCUACUUUGUUCCCGCCUUUAGUGGUUUGUACGCUCCGUAUUGGAAUCAGGAAGCUCGUGGCGUUAUCUGCGGCAUCAACGAGGAUACCCAGCAGAGUCACAUUGUUCGUGCCACCCUGGAGGCGGUCUGCUUCCAAGUACGUGACAUCCUGGGCGCUAUGAACAGCGAUUGUGGCAUCCCGUUGCAGAAACUCCGCGUAGACGGUGGGAUGACGGAGAAUAAGCUCCUUAUGCAGCUACAAUCCGACCUUAUCGGCCUGGAGAUCAUCAAGCCACGUAUGGCGGAAACUACAGCUCUGGGGGCUGCCAUGAUGGCCGCCAGUGCCGUGGGGAGGUGGGAUGUGAAGUCUGUCGAAGUGCCAAUGGAGACAAUACGCUAUGAGCCGCAAAUUGGGGUCGAUGAACGCGAUAUGCGUUACUCAAAGUGGAAGAUGGCUGUUGAGAGAUCCUUUGGGUGGGACAUUUGACCACCAGCGGCUUCUUUAUCGGAUUAUCAUUGGUGCUAAAGCGUGGGAGAUCUCAAAACAUUCAAAAAAAAAAAAGAAAUAUUUAUAAAGUCCUUUCUCUUGUAAUUCCUCAAAUAUUCCAUUUUUCUACAUAAAAUUCCACAUUUUUCCAUGAUUUCCAUGAGAGCAAUUUGGGAAAAAUUCUUUAAUGUUAUGCGGUUGAUUUUUAAUUAUAAACAAUAUUUUUUUUAAA